UGACACCCGCCACGCCGAGCAGGCCCGAGGGGCCGGCCCAUGGAGGGGACCGCCCCGCAGCAGCCGGCGCCGUGAGGCGGGCAGUGCCGGCCGGAGAGUGGUCGGUUUGUGAGGGGGCUGCUAUGCUGCUUCACCUGGCGGCUGAGUUUGACCUGCAGAGGGACGUGGUGCCCUGGCUGGCGGCGCGGGGUUGGGCUGCGGCUCUAGAUACGUCUGAGAAUUUGUCAGCACUUUACAUUGUGAAUGUUGAAAGAAAUGGAAAAAUUAUUUAUACCUGGAAGGGAAAUGAGAGAAAUACUCAUAUUGGAUUGCAUGACCUUCAAACUAAAGAAAAUGAGCAUCUCUAUACGUUUGAGAAAGAUCUACGCAUAAUCAGUUGUUCAAUCAACAGUGAGAGGACAUUACUGGCGGUCAGCUUCCGUCAGUAUACAGAAGAAGAAAGAGCGACUCAGCUAUUACAGUCAGCAUCCAAGUAUUUAACCUUGUUAAUUGAAAUUCAUCCCAUUAAUAAUGUGAGAGUCCUGAAGGCUGUGGAUAGCUGUGUUCGAGUACAGUUUCUUUAUCCAGGGGAAGACAGAAAUACUUCUACCGAAAGUCAUCUUUUGCUCAUUUCAGAAGAUAAAUAUAUUGAACAAUUUGAUAUUCACGUUGUUGCAGAAGAGGAACACAAAGUGGUGAUUCAGAACUCAGGUCAGCUUCCAAGAGCCAGAGUUGCAGAUGAUCUCAUUUGGGCACAGUGGGAUAUGACAGAACAAAGACUCUUCUACAUUGUUCCAAAGGAGUCAAGGAGUACUUUAAAAUGUGUCCAGUUUUACCCUGAUGAAAAUUUUAACUCAACACUGGAAUCACAACUGGAUAUUUCUGUAAAUGACACACGAGUAAAACUUGUGAAUUUUGGAUACGAUGACUGUAAAGACCAAGAUGUAGCAUCUAAGUCUUUGAAUCUUCAGGUUUUUACAAGUAAAGCAGGAGGAUUGUGUGUGUGUUGUAGUCUCGCUUCGGAUAUUCCUGGGGAAAUAACAUACUCCAUAUAUUUUUUACAUAAAGGUUAUAGCAAAACUUUUACAGUUUCUCUAGAAAGACCAGAAACUCCUCAAUUGAAGGAAGUGGCCUUUUUGAAUCUUGACUAUUAUGUGGCUGCUUAUUUGCCUGGACAGUUCCUGCACCUCCUGAAUAUUCAGCAUCCUGACCUACUGUGCCAUAGUUUAUUUCUGACAGGCGAGGAUGCAAGAAUCGACAUGUUGCCAAACUGCUCCAUCCAGUCCCCACUCAUGUCAACAGUCUUGGAUUGCUGCAUAGGAAGAAUGUAUGCAGUGAGCGUCAGUGACAGCGCCUUACUGAAGUUCCUACAGAACAGCAAACGAGACAGUGAGAGGUUGGCAGCUCUACACUGUGCUCUUCUGUGUGUCAGAAGUACAGCAGACUUGGAAAUGAAGGUUAUUUGGUGGAUUUCUGAGAACCUAUCAACGUGUCAUUCUUUUGAUCCUAUUCAGGAAUUUAUCAUUGCCUCCCUAUACUGUAGAAUGUGUCCAGAAACCAACAACCUGGAUAAACUCUUGCCCUACACAUCACUGCUUGACUGGACUGGGGUUAUCCCUGGAGUAGCAUGUGCAACAGACAUUAUUUCUCUACCUGUGUUAGAGGUUCAAAACUCUAAAGGCUUCUGGGAGAAACUCGACUCAAACUUGGAGAGUGUGAAGUACGCAGAGCCUCACUUGCUUUACCACAAUAACGUGCUCAGGAGGGAAUGGCGUAAUCUCUCAGAAGAGAAAGAAGAGAGAAGAACCACAACAUAUUUGAGGAAUAUUUUUGAAAAUGCCAAAAAGGUGCUUUCUCAUCUGGACACUUGGGACUCUGAGGAAAGGCUGGUACCUCUCUUUCAAGAGGAAGAUUAUCAGCAGCAAUUACUAAUGGGACUGAUGGUUGCUCAGCUAAAGGAUCAUCUUAUGAGACAUCUACAGUACGUAGGAAGAAAGAAGAUUGACCAAAUAGUGUUGGAUUAUGUUGCAAACCUGACUUCUUAUUCUUGGAGAAACUGCUGUAAACAAAGAUCAUAUGUCUCUCAAAAUUGCUUCAGGUCUUUGCUGAAUCUGGUACAUCGAAUAAUGAAAGAAGUUUGGAAGUUAUAUCAGCUUCAUUCCUGCAUCUUCUGCUUUGAUGAGAGAGGAAGUGAAGCAGAGUUUGCAGUGUUUCACAUCAUGAGUCGAAUUCUGGAAGCUGCAAAUGGCAUGUGCAUGCCUUUACCUCCUGGUUUUCACACUCUACACUUGGGGCUUGGUGUUCGAUGUCUCCCGCUUCAUACUCUCCUACACUAUAUUGAUAAUGGAGUUCUACAUUUGACAGAAACGUGUGUCAGGAAACUGCUGAAAGAUCUGGAUGAUAAUGAGAAGAAUGAAAAGCUGAAAUUCAGUAUUGUGACAAGGCUUCCUGAGGCUCUUGGUCUAAAGGCCCGUCAGUUCUGGGAUCAUCCAAUAAAUGCUAAUUUCCUUGCACGGAAAUAUGUGAAACUUUUGCUUGAGAAGCUGGGGAAUAGGCAGUGUAACAGGCCUGUCCGUGAGAGACACCCGGUCCCUGUAGAAUUUUUGCCUCUUAACUACCUGACUAAUAUGCUGGCAGAGAUAGAGAAUCAAGGUGUGCAUCCGUAUGAAAAACAAGAUCGUGUUAAUGUCAGGUUUGUGGAGGAAGCAGCACUGAAACACACGAUGAUGCUCUUGGGCCUCAGAUAUUCCUGAAAUGGCUUUCUUCAACUGCUCGUGAACUGUGGUACUCAGAAACAUUCACAUAGAAGUGUGCGGCCAGCUCUGAUUUUUUUUUUAAACUUCAAUGUCAUGUUGUUUGCUGAUUGACCUGCAGGUUUGGGUAGCCACCAUUACUGACAUCAGCUACAAUUGCAAAGUAGCAAUUGUCCCGUGCACUAAGGCUGAAAUUACUGACCUCUAAGUAAAUUGUGGAGAAAUGGAUCUGAUGCAAACCUGGGUUUCCAACACAUCUGUGGUUUCAGGUCUGAAGCGGUCAAAUCAGUGGAACUAGUGGGUAUGAAAACGUGCUGUGAAAAAUGAUAUUACUGUCAACAGUUUUAAUGAGACAGACAAUGCUGGAAAGGGUAGUCCAGCUGUACAGUAACAAGAAAUUGGCCACUAUUUACUCCUUUGGAUUAAUAAAAGCAUUUAUUGGUGUAAUGAUGUAAAAUAGGUAA